CGCCGUGGGUCGCGGGCGCGGCAGCUCUCGGCGGGGCCGGCGCAGCGCCAUGGCGACCACCGUCAGCACGCAGCGCGGCCCGGUGUACAUCGGCGAGCUCCCGCAGGACUUCCUCCGCAUCCUGCCCACGCAGCAGCAGCAGCAGAUCCAGCUGGACGCACAGGCAGCCCAGCAGCUACAGUUUGGAGGAGCGGUGGGCACAGUGGGCCGCCUCAGCAUCACCGUGGUGCAGGCCAAGUUGGCAAAGAAUUAUGGCAUGACCCGAAUGGACCCGUACUGCCGACUGCGCCUGGGCUACGCGGUGUAUGAGACACCCACGGCCCACAACGGCGCCAAGAACCCUCGCUGGAAUAAAGUCAUCCAGUGCACCGUGCCCCCGGGUGUCGAUUCCUUCUACCUGGAGAUCUUUGAUGAGCGAGCCUUCUCCAUGGACGACCGCAUUGCCUGGACGCAUGUCACGAUUCCUGAGUCCCUGAAGCAGGGCAAGGUGCUGGAUGAGUGGUACAGCCUGAGCGGGCGGCAGGGGGACGACAAGGAGGGCAUGAUCAACCUGGUCCUGUCCUACACGUCCCUGCCGGCUGCCAUGAUGAUGCCGCCUCAGCCCGUGGUCCUGAUGCCCACUGUGUACCAGCAGGGCGUCGGCUAUGUGCCUCUCACAGGAAUGCCCGCUGUCUGCAGCCCCGGCAUGGUGCCCGUGGCCUUGCCCCCAGCAGCCGUGAGCGCCCAGCCCCGCUGUAACGAGCAGGACCUGAAAGCCAUCCAGGACGUGUUCCCCAACGUGGACCGGGAGGUGAUCCGCUCCGUGCUGGAAGCCCAGAGAGGGAACAAGGACGCAGCCAUCAACUCUCUGCUCCAGAUGGGCGAAGAGUCCUAGAUCGCGCCCCUCGCUGCCCCGUCCUUCUGCCCUUUCCACUUGCCAACCCAGGGGUUCCCCAGGGAGCACGAUCCCAACGAGCAAGACCCUGUGUAGCCCCUUCCCUCGGACGUCCGUGUCGCCCUGGUCCACACCCUAUGUGAGGUGCAUGUGGGUUUUCGUUUCCCGCGACCAUCGGUUGGGGUGCGGGUGGCUUUCCUUCUUGCUGUGUGUUGGGAGAAGAGCAGACACGGGCCGUGUCUGUGUAUACACUCUCAUCUUCCCCCUGCUUGGGGACGUACGUCCUCAAGUGCCUUGCGCUUCCUCUCGCCGUUCCCGAAUGCCUCGUGGGAGCCGCCUGCCUCUGCCAGGGCCUUAGGAAGCCGGGAGCCUCCUUCUGGUUUGAUUAAUAGCAUGCAGUUAUUUGACUUCGUUGGGAUAGACCUAUUAAUUUAAGGCACAUAGAAUCCAUUAACAGCUGAUUUGGGGUUAUUUUUAGAACUUCCAAACUGAAGCUCAUCCUUCCCUGACUGCUCUUUGUGGACUGGGCUGCUGCUCACCGGCGUCCUGGGCGGGCCACACCCUGAGCGGGCGUCCCUACCCCCCAGGGGAUCCCCUUCCCUUUCCUGCUGUUUGACGCCAAUUUUGUGGUAUGUAAUUCCGAGGGGUUGCUUCUCCUCUCUUGCAACAGAACCUAAAAUUGGGGGUAAAAAGUAGUAGAUACACUCCUUUGUAUCUGUGUAUUAAAGGGUAUUUAGGAGCUGUUGGCUUACUGCUGGCAUUGACUUCAGUGGGCGUUGUGCCCCAGUCCUGUGACUGCAGGUGGUGACAGAGACGGCAGCCUGGUGAAUGUCGGUGUUGGAACGUCUUCCUGAGAGGCUGGCGGUGUGCGAGCAUGUAUGGAUCUCGCACCGGCCCCAGCCACGGACAGAGCCUGGGGACAGGUUGGCUGGUGAAAAUCCAAUUUGAGAAAUCUCUCAGAAGUGAUGCACUUUCAAUAUUGUGCUUGCAUUGAGAGCGUGCAUGCGUGGGUGCACGUCUGGGGUCCCAGUGUGCCGUAAGUCUUGGACACUAGUCCUUCUUCCUAGUCGUUGCCUCAGCUUUCGGAUACACGAUCUUCCCGUGAGGGUCCCAGCAGGGGACCUCCAUGAACGAUCUGGCGCGAGGACCUUAGCACUUCCUUCUCAGUCUUUGUCCCUCUUUUCACACAGAUGAAGUUGAAUAUCGGCUGGAAUCCCGCUUCCCGUCGCCGCGGGGUGUGUUUUGGGCGACGUGCUGUGGCGGGGUUUGUUGUGUUAGCUGAGGAGGCGUGUGGUGAAGGGCCAGGUGAGGGCUCCUGAGUGGGGCAACAUGCUGUUGGUUGGGGGCUUCAGGCCACUUGCUUGAACUCGGCGAGCCCCACUUUCUCGUGCGUCACGAGCUCACGUUCCCGACAGUCUGGCCUGUGCCCGGGGAGCGGAUUUCUUCUCUGACGGAGGUGGCGUCGGGCGGUCCUGCAGCUCUGAUUGUUUAGCGGGCCCUUGACAGACGUGGUGGAGGACGGGCAGCGCCGCCCCCGUCCCCAUUGGCCCGGCGUUUUCUGCCUUACCUUUGCUGAGGCGCCAGGGAGGCUGUGCGUGUGUGACUCCGGGAGCGCCCUUCGCAGGGACGUGCAGGGACGUGGGACUCGGCACGCUCACUUGCAGGGGGCCCUAGUUUGAGGGAGAAUGAUAGUUUUAAGACAACUCUAAACUUGCCACAUCUACUUUCCUUUUUCAUGAACACUGUAUUUUUUUAAUAGAUCAAAGAAAGAUCACGUUUUGUAAGGCCUUCAUUCAUUAAAUUAGACUCUCCUUUCCUUCAUCUUAUGCUGCGUUGGUGUUUGCGCGCUCACUGUUGGAGGCAGCCGGUUCCUCUUGGUGGGAAGUUGCGUUCCUCUGAAGCCCCCGCCAGGCCCUGGGGGAGGCUGGUUACCCAGCUGCAGACCGGAGGCCACCGGGGGCUCGGGCCAGACCUGGACGGCUGCUGGUAUCUGGGGGCCGAGCCCUCCUCGAAGGUCAUUGGCAGAGCCACACGCAUCUCCCGUGUGUGCACAGGGGCCGAAUGGCUCAGCCUGGGCCGAGGUCGGAGCCCAAAGGAGCUGGUGUGCUGACCUCUCCUCCGACCUCAGUCCCCAGACCCUGUGAGUGAGGAGAGAGGGGUUCUGUGGAGUCGGGUCUGCCCCUCCUCUUCAGCAUCUCCUGAGGGUGCCCCCUGCCCCGUGUAAGAACGCCCUCCGGGGUCAGCUCGGCGCUGGGGGCAGAAGUGAUGCGCAGAGCUUUGUUUCUGACGAUUCUGUUGGGGUCCAGUGUCUAGAGUUUUCUUUGAUUGUAAAAUAUAUUUUUACUUUUCAGCCUUCUAAUUUAAUAAAUGAUCUAUAUAAAACAGAGAAUUAAAAUCCUCCAAGGAAAGUUUACCAGUUUUGUUCCUGAGUAUUUUUUAAUUUUGGUCAUAGUAAACAGGAUUGAUGAAGCAAUCAGAAUCAGUUCACCCCCUAAUAAACUUGUUAUAGGAUUGUAUAAAUAAAGGUGAAAUCUAGUGGCUGGAUUCAGAACGCUAGCCUGAAAUCUGUGUA